CCUGAGAGCAGCUUUCCGCUGGUUUUCCGGGAAAAAGGAAAACCCGACAUCUGACCCCACCCUCAUCAUUCCUCGGAAUUGUUCAUACCCAGCAUUCCGUCUCUGUGGGUUACUGGACGUCCCGCCCACCGGAGCCCUGAAAGCCUUAAAAGCAGCUCAGUCUGCAGCUCUCCUCUCACUUCACUGCUGCAGUCGGAGCUCCUCUGGACUUUGUGAACAGUGUUAUUUUUUUACUGGAUUUCCAGCUGCAAACAUGACUCAGAUCAACAGCUGCCUCAGAUGCAUCUUCAUCAUCUUCAACAUCAUCUUCGCGAUUGUCGGUGCUUUCAUCUUCGGCAUCGCUCUGCUGGCUCAGUUCUUCGCCGACAUUCACGGAGUACAAAAUCUGGAGGUUCAGACCACCGGCCUGCUCGUCCUCUAUAUCGUGGGUGCCAUCACCAUGGUGGUCGCCAUCCUGGGAGCCUACGGAGCCCACAGGGAGAGCAAAGUGGCCCUGAUGGUGUUCCUGCUCUGUAUGAUCCUGGGAUUCCUGCUGAUGCUCAGAAACGCGGUCCUUGCUGCCAUCAUGCGUCCUAAGCUCGACAGCAUCAUGGACGAGACCUUCCACAAGUUUUUCCCUCUGGACAAAUCUUCAGACACAGUAAAGAGUCUGGUUGAAGGCUAUCAGAUAACUUUUCGCUGCUGCGGUCUGUUCAGCUACAAAGACUGGGAGGACAUCCCCACUUCCUGCGUGUGCAGCCGGGAGGAGGUGAAGAAGGGCGAGUGUCAGACUGCCAAAAACAGCCUUUUGCAGAUUUUAGUGAGUCCUGAGACGUCCGUCUACACUAAGACCUGCUUUCCCAUCAUUCUGGAAAAAUCUCGGUUUGAUUCCACCAUCAGGCUCGCGGUCAGCUUCACUCUGGCUGUUCUGGCUCUCCUCGGCAUCAUUCUGUCUUCAGUCAUGAUCCAGCAGAUGCAUCGCCUCAGCAGACCCCCCGUCCUGCUGCAGCUGUCUCCACGAAAAUACGAGGAGCUGCACAAUCCUGCAGCGUGUUAGAGGAAGAGAGCUGCACCUCUCCACUGUCUCUACCUCAGGGAGUGGGAUCAGGAGUCUGUGAGGAGCUCUGAUCGAUGUUUCCACUGAAAUCCGUCUGACUUGGAUCUUCCGUCUGGAGCCGCUCUUCAGAGAAUAUCUGAAAACACAAGAAUUUAAUGUGCCAACAACUUUUUCUUUUGGCCUGAAGAUACCUUCAAACGCGUGUGCCUUCAUCCAUGUGCCGUGUUCAAGGAAAACCACACGACCUCACCGGCUUCAUGUUCUCAGUAAUAAGAUGCAACUUUUGGACACUGUGCUGUUAAUAAAGAGUCACUCAUGGAGCUCUAAAGGGAAAUAUUUUUGAUAUCUUUGUAUCAUAUUUGUAUCAUAUUUGCUUGUUCUGCUGUAAACUGAAACUUGGGUGACGCUCAGACUCAAAGAGAAGCUGUGCAGAUGUUGUCUGUGUGUCUCCCUGCUCCACAGUCUUGUUGUGUAGCUGCAGCUGUAAUUUUGUGUCACUUUAAAAUAAACCACGUUUAAGUUCA